AUGAUGGAACCGUCUACAAAAAAGAUGAAACUAGAAGAAGAAGAAGAAACUGAUACAACGGGUUGGUUCGAUCUUCCAUUCGAACUCAGAAUUAUGAUUAUUGAGCUAAUGCGUUAUCGAACAAUCUACAAAUUUGCACAAUGUUCCAAAUUAUGUUACGAAGAAGCAAUUUCAUCGAAAAAUUACUGCACUCGAAUCAGUAUUCUUGAAGAGAAGCAUGAAUUGUGGAAAAUUCUUCCAGUUUAUCGAAUUGAAUUUGGGUACAAUAUGUGGACAUUUCAGUUUGACAAUGACUAUCAAGGAGGAACGACUGUUAAGUAUAAAGCGUAAGUCAAUAACUUUACUAUUAAUCUUAUUCUGAAUCUUGUAGAGAUAAACGAUGUAAAUGGGAAAAGGAAGAAGAAGGAAACCUUUUCGUUGUGAUGGCAAAAUAUGCAAAUGAAUAUUUGGGCAAAUUUGGAAAAAAUCUCACAGAAUUCAAAAUGAAUCUAGUAAGUUUUCAGAGCUAGCGCAUUCUUUGUUGAAUUAAAUAGUUUUCAGAACUGUAAGGCGAGAUCGAAUUUCAUUCGUGCAGUGAAACUAAGAGAUAUGAAAAAAUUGAAGUAUUUCGAAAUUACCGAAGUUCCAAGACAAGUUUGUUUGAUGAAGUUUCAAUUUGUUGAUUUUGAUUUAAUUAAACGUGUCAAGACAAAGCUUAAUUUACCUGCCACUUCUUUGAGUUUCGAUCAAUUAGUUCAAUUAAAUGCAACAACAAUACACAUAUAUGUUAUGGAUUUAACAGCAAAAGAAAUCAAUCAAUAUAUUAAAUAUUGGCGCGAUGGCGAGUUAAAUCCGAACUUGGAAUUUAUUACGAUUCGAGGCGGAUAUUCCGAAAAAAAUGCGAAAAGAAGAAUUGUUGAAGUUGAUAAAGAUGGUUUAGAAUUCGAAACCUGUGAUAUCAGGUGACAAUAUUUAAAGGUAUUUUCUAUAAACAACUUUUAUUACAGUAAUUACAAGAUCCGAUCGAAAGUUCAAAAAGAUAAAUAUGCGUUGUUUUGGUUUGAUGAUAUGCAGUUCAUGAUGCAUGUGAGAAUCGGUUAA